GUCCAGAUAAACCUGUGUUGACUCCAUCUAGACUGGUGGUAAAGUACGGUGAUCCAGCCUCUGCCACAUGUGUGGCGUGUCAAAAGGACUGUCUUCCUGUUAAUGAGAGCGUUAUUGACAUGGAAGUACCUGUGGGAGAACGCUCAACAAAUGGAACCACAGUGAAUUGGACUGUAGACCAUCUUAGGUUAUGGGACAGUGACCCAAAGUGCUACUAUACUGACAAGAAUGAUAAACAGUGUUGCAGCGCCCUAUCUGUUACUGUGUACCAGCCUCCACAAAGUGUUUCCAUCAGCUUAAAUCAAAGUGGACCUCUGACCGAGCAUACAGAGUACAUCCUGCAGUGCUCUGUACAGAAGGUAGCUCCCAUUCAAAACCUAGUUGUGACCUUUUACAAAGGAAAUACACAGCUGGGUACCAUGCAUGGCGACAGUACCCAAAAAACCCCAGUAAAUAAGCUCUUUACUUGGAAUUUUAACACCAGUAAAGAAGAUAAUGGAGCCCAGUUCUGGUGUGACGCAAAGCUGGAAUUGGGACCUGAAGGACCACAGCCUCCUCCAGUGGUGAAAUCAAACUAUCUCACUGCUACAGUUCACUAUGGGCCUGAGCUGAAGGUUUCAGCUGAUCCACCUCCAAUCACCAUCACAAGAGGAAACAAUCUCAAUCUGACCUGCUUGGCCGAGGGCAACCCUGAACCUUCGUACCGCUGGACGUUGCCGUCCAAUAAGGGUUACAGCAGUGGGACCAGUCUCAUCGUUCAGUCAGUGGAUUAUCAGGAUGAAGGACAGUAUGUCUGCACUGUUAGCAGCAAACUGAAAACUAUCCACGUAAAAUUUAAUGUACAAGUCAAAGCAAGCAUCUGGCCAUACAUUAUAGUUGUAAUAGUUGUUGUUGCUCUGUUAUUGUCAUUGAUCUUUUUUGUUUACAAACGGAAUCGAAGCAGGACCAACUGAAGGAUGUUUUCCUUUUGGGUUGAAUGCAUCACACUGGACUUGGUCUAAAUUUUUGAAAAAGGAUCACUGGACAAUUCCUAGCAGAAGUUUGGAAGACAUCUGCAGUGCCUCUAACCUGUGUUGGAUUUAUGUUGCUGUAUGGUCUGCCAUAUCCAAUUUUGGACUAAAUGUGCUCUAUAUAAUGGAAGUUUUUAGUUAUUUUUUGGUGGUUUAGAGGUUCUUGGAAAGUUAUCAGAAGUCUUCGCAUCUGAAAUCCUCCAAUGCUGCAUUGGAUUAUAAUUAUUUAGUCAAUUUUUUAGCAUUUCAACAAAUUUCUUUAUGACUUAGAUGAGGAGACAAACGGACAAAAAUGUCUAACAACACCGCCAUUUUUACAGUGUUGGAACUGCAACACUGGGUUCCAUUUCAUGAAGCAGGUUUAAAAAACUCUUAUUGAAAUCCUAAACUCUAAAUUGAUCUAGCCUAAACUCUGAGUUUUUGGUUUCACAAUGGCUGCUAUAAAUUAGUUCAAUCAAGUCCAAGUAGAACGUCUCAGAGUUUAUCACGUGUGUAACAAGUAGGAGAAGCCAUUAUCAGUGGAGCGCCGAUUCGAAAUGAUCAUUUUUAUAUUUUGUACUGAUUAAGGCUAAAUUCAUUAAAUCACCAGGAAUUUUAGGUAUAGACAAUGAUCCAUUGAUUAUUCCUUGCUGACCGGUCUUUUUCUUUUACUGAGUUUGAACUUAUAUUAGACAUGCACUGGCUUGUAAAUUAUAUGCCAUUUCUGUAACUUCUCUUGUACGCAUACAUCUUAUUUGAGGUGUGAAACAGAGCAAAAGUGUAUUCUCGAGGUCUCCUUUUUACUGUCUCUAGUUACAUUGCAAUUACUCAUGCCUGAAUCAACACCCCCCCCCCCACCCACACACACACACACACACACACGCACACACGCACACACACACACACACACACACACACACACACUGUAGUUUAGUCCAUUCUCUUUGUGUACCUGUCCUGCUCACAGUAUUUGAUUAUGACCAAUUAGAUCAUUAUAACUAUCACAAUAAUUGUCAUGAUCAUGGUGCUGAUGACAGGCUUGAUUGCACAUUCCAUUCACCUGCCUAGCUCCGCCCAGUUUCUUGUUACCACUCAUCUGUUUCACCUACACCAGUCUCUAUUUAACCUGCCUUCUUCCUCUCAUCAGUGCCACAUUAUUUGAGCCCUUGGUGAGUUUUCUAGCUGAUAUUAUUGUUUCUGAUUAUCUGGUCCUGACCUGUUCUGCCUCUCAACAA